AUGCCGAGUCCGACUAAGAAGCGCAAGCUGAACAAUGGUGCUCAGUCAGCUGUGCCUACACGAGGGCUGGAAUACUUCUUUUCCAAGCAAAGACAGAAUGGUUCUGCUUCCGAUAAAACCCCAGAGGCUCAGGAUAAAGAUGAGACAGCGAGACAUGCCACAGAGAAUCUUACAGACGAGGAACUGGCCAGAAAACUUCAGGCUGAAUGGGAUCAAGAAGUUGCGAAUGAACGACAGGCCAACCAGACUGGAACUCGUUCAACACCAAGCGAACAGAAUGGGUCAAGAUCCAGAGACGAAAGUCCUGCUGCUUCAGAGUUAAAACCACCAAAAGCACUUCCGACAAUGCCCAAGCCCAGUGCAUCCGGAGACCCGAAGAAACCUACACUCGGUCUGCAGUCUGCUGGCAUGGCUGAGGAUACAGUUUCAACAUCGAUACCCCUAGACGAGCCCCCUCUCACUUUUGAGCCAUCCAAGUAUAUCCCCCAGCUCAAAGAACAUUGGGCGUCAGAGGGCGGCAACGCCUCUUACGCUCUGCUUACUCGCUGCUUCGUCUUGAUUAGCGGAACAACAAGCCGCAUAAAGAUCGUGGACACGCUGGUCAACUGUCUAAGAGUGUUGAUAGAAGGGGAUCCGACAAGCCUAUUACCAGCGGUCUGGCUGGCGACUAAUUCAAUAUCGCCCCCAUACAUCUCUCUAGAGCUGGGCCUGGGCGGAUCCGCCAUAUCGAAAGCGUUGCGAAACGUUUGCGGACUUGAUAGCAAGUCGCUCAAAGCCAUCUAUGACAAAUACGGCGACGCUGGAGACGUGGCUUUCGAAGCAAAGAGGAAACAGAGUUUCACUCUAAGGAAGCCAAAGCCUUUAACAAUCAAGGCUGUGUAUCAGUCUCUGGUCAAGAUCGCUAAUAGCCAAGGACAGGGCAGUGGAGAAGCAAAGCAAAGACUGGUGGAUCGGCUGCUCCAGGAUGCCCGUGGCGGAGAAGAGAGCCGAUUCAUUGUGCGAACUCUAUGUCAGCAUUUGCGUAUUGGGGCAGUCAAAACAACAAUGCUUAUCGCCCUCUCAAGGGCCUUUCUUCUUUCGCGCCCUCCGGAAACAGAUUUCCCCCUCAGAUCAGCAUCUGAGUUGUCAAAGCUCAAAAAGGAGGAAUUGGCUGAGAUCUGGGGCCGAGGUGAAGAACUCGUCAAGGCUUGCUUCGCCAGGCGUCCCAACUACGAUGACCUAGUACCAGUUCUCCUCGAGAUUGGAAUCUCAGAAGAGUUGUUGAUUCGUUGUGGCAUUGCUCUACACAUCCCACUCAGACCUAUGCUGGGAAGCAUCACACGGGACCUGGCUGAGAUGCUCACAAAACUACAGGGAAGAGAUUUUGCUUGUGAAUACAAAUAUGAUGGACAGCGAGCUCAGAUUCACUGCGACGAACAUGGAAAAGUCACAAUCUUCUCUCGGCAUCUGGAGCUGAUGACAGACAAGUACCCCGACUUGGUUGAGUUGAUGCCAAAAAUCCGUGGCGAGGGCGUCGACAGCUUUAUUAUGGAAGGUGAAGUGGUGGCUGUCGAUCGAGCAACCGGGGAGCUCAAGAAUUUUCAGACUCUCACCAACCGGGCGAGGAAGGAUGUUGCCAUUGGGAGCAUCACUAUUGAUGUCUGCCUGUUCUCGUUUGAUCUGAUGUAUUUGAACGGCCAGCCUUUGUUGGACCGUCCAUUUCGAGAACGACGGGAGCUUCUACGGUCACUCUUCAAAGAGGUCCCUCACCACUUUACAUGGGUAAAGAGCCUUGAUGCUACGUCAGCAGACUCGGAAACUGUCCUCGAUUUCUUCAAAUCUGCAACGGAGAACAAGUGUGAGGGAAUAAUGGUCAAGAUUUUGGAUAACCUGCCUGCACUGCCAUAUGUUGGAGAUGCUGAGGAGCAGGAACCCGAAAAAGCCGAGAAGGCGGCAUCAAAAGCUAAAGCGAAGGGAAAGGCCAAAUCAAAGAACACUUCUGGAGAGAACGGAGGGGAAACAAAGACCAAAUCUCGCCGAAAGCCACUGUUGGCGACGUAUGAACCAGACAAGCGACUUGAUUCGUGGCUCAAGGUCAAAAAGGACUACAGUUCCAGUUUCGAUACUUUGGACCUCAUCCCCGUUGCCGCUUGGCAUGGACAGGGCCGCAAAUCGAAGUGGUGGUCGCCUAUUCUCAUGGCUUGUCGCAAUGAGGAGACGGGAGCCUUGGAAGCCGUAUGCAAGUGCAUGUCUGGUUUCACGGAUGCCUUUUACAAGGCCAACAGAGAGUUUUACGAUGAUGGAGAGGAGAGCGAGGAGCCAAAGAACACAAGAUCACAACAACCGAGCUUUGUGGAGUACUCGGGCCCAAGACCAGAUGUUUGGUUUGAGCCUCAGGAGGUAUGGGAGAUGGCGUUUGCAGAUAUCACGCUCAGUCCGACUUAUACGGCAGCGAUUGGUUUAGUCAGUGAAGAGAGAGGGCUGAGUCUGCGGUUUCCGAGGUUCUUGAAGAAGAGAGAGGACAAGAGCCUGGAGGAGGCGAGCACAAAUGAUUUCUUGGCUGGACUGUUUCGGAAACAGGAAGCAAAGGCUUCGUCAACGAAAGAGAAUAAUAACGGGACUGAGGAAGUGGAAGAGGCAGACGAGGUUGAAGAGUGA